CGGCGCGGCGGCCCGCGGAUGGAGGGGGCAUAGUAUUUUGCAAUUUGCAUGUGUGUCGGGAUAUCGGUUGGAAGCAUGGAGGAAGAACAACGUACUGGCAACCGAUGAAGACAAUUUUUCGUUUCCCAGCGCUUUAGUUGCGCUUCAGGGGCGUUUAUUGAGAGCACAAGGCUUUCAGAAAUUCGCCUUGUUGUGCCAGUAGUUGAUUUGAGUGAUGGUUAUGAGUGUUGCUUUCAUACAAAUGUGGAAAAUAAUUCGGCUAAACAUGAACGUUGUGCGUACGUGUCCACUGCUGGUUGCGUUGCCGUAGCCCAGGAUAUGCAGGAUCAUAUCCCUAUGGUCUGUGGUGUACUCUGAUACGACUGAACAGUUGGAAAUGUGCUUCAUCCUUUCACUUCAGACAUGUCAGACUUCAGUAUGGAUUUCGACGCAUAUUAUGUGGCUCAAUGCUGUAGAGUGUUGACAUGCAGGCAGUGUCGACCUCAAAAGCCGAGUUGCCAUUGCGCAAACGGCUUGUGUUGUGGCUGUUUGUGUGAACAAGGGCUAGUUCUGUUGAACAAAGUUCAGAACUGCUGCAUAGGAAGCAAUUCCCUACAGGAACUGUAGUGGUCAUCUGAAAAACAGAGUAUUUGUGUACUCUUUGUCAGUAUUUUAGACAUCAGGCCUACUUCGUCUGAUUUUAUUCCUAAAGGAAAUCUUUACUGGGAAAUUUUCUUUUCCAUUGUGGAGUUUUCUUGGAAGAUUUCCCUUACCAAACACCAUGAGUGAGAAAGAGAAAAGUCAAGAAACUGCCCAGCAGCACGGUAGAGGUGUGAGGAGACAAGUGAUUUCUAAUGGUGUUGCAUCACCUGCUGAGCGAGUCAAACAUAAUUCACGAGGCAAAUCACCAGUCCAAGCAGAAGAACCUGCACCACUCGCAGUGCCACUCAUAAAUGGAGAAGUGCAUCCUGUAUCGGUUCACAGGUCACCAGGUCAUGUAAACCUGGCCAUUCGCAAUGGCCGGCCAGAAGUUGAAGCGAUCCAAACUUCAAAUUUGAAAGAUAAUGACCCACAGUCAAGUCACAGCAGCUCAGUCCUCCCAAAGGAAGAAUUUAGGAUAGAUGGCGAUCUCAAAAAUGUCCCACCUACUGACACACAAGCUCUGACAAGAACUGUUGAUGAUAAAGACCCUUCUGAAGGAGACAAAGACUUGAAAGAGGAUAAAGUAUUAGGUCUCGGGAAACGACAGAAGUCGGUUACCAUAUGUGAGCCUGAAGAUGUUGUCGCCAAGACGGAACAGUUUGUGCUUGAAAAGGUAGAAAAUGAUCUGAAUAAGGAAAAUGCCCAAACAGUCCCUGUUGGAAUUUCAUCCGAUGCUACAGAUGUUUCUGGGAAGGAGGAAGAGCUAAAAGAUGGCACAGAAGUGGAGAAGGAUGAUAAAGCUGUUGAUAAGUCACCUAAUGGUCGCUUCAUGAAGUAUGACAUCGAAGUUGGGCGAGGAUCCUUUAAGACAGUUUACAAGGGGCUUGACACUGAGACUGGUGUUGCUGUUGCCUGGUGUGAAUUGCAGGACCGCAAAUUGAACCGAGUUGAGAGGAUGAGAUUUAAGGAGGAGGCAGAGAUGUUGAAAGGGCUGAGCCAUCCCAACAUUGUCAGCUUCUUUGAUUACUGGGAAGUGCAGAAUCCAAGAGGUCGCAAACACAUUGUACUGGUCACAGAGCUCAUGACAUCAGGAACUCUCAAAACCUAUCUGAAGCGGUUCAGUGGUGUCAGGAUCAAGGUUCUACGCAGCUGGUGCAAACAAAUCCUCAAAGGGCUCCAUUUCUUGCACACCCGAUCUCCUCCAGUCAUCCACAGGGACCUCAAAUGCGACAACAUUUUCAUCACAGGGACUUCAGGCUCUGUGAAGAUUGGGGACCUGGGUUUGGCAACACUCAAGAAGACUUCCUUUGCAAAGAGUGUCAUAGGUACCCCGGAAUUCAUGGCACCUGAAAUGUAUGAGGAGCACUAUGAUGAAUCAGUGGACGUGUAUGCUUUCGGCAUGUGCAUGUUAGAGAUGGCCACUUCUGAAUACCCCUACAUGGAAUGUACGAAUGCUGCUCAGAUUUAUCGGAGAGUAACAACAGGAGUGAGACCAGCAAGCUUUGAUAAAGUUACAGACCCCAAAAUGAAGGAGAUUAUUGAUCGCAGUACAAGACGAAACAAAGAGGAAAGGUACUCCAUCCAAGAUCUUCUGAAGCAUGAGUUCUUUGAGGACACAGGAUUUAGAGUUGAGUUGGUGGAGGAUAACAACACUGACAACAUCCAACUACAGCUGCGAGUCGAGGAUCCCAAGAAGCGACGAGACAAGCACAAAGACAACGAAGCACUGCAGUUUGCAUUCUACCUUCAGAAAGAUGAGCCAGAGAAAGUGGCUGCUGAAAUGGUCCGCUCUGGUUUCCUGAACGAGGAGGACCUUAGGGUGGUUACCAAGAUCAUCAGGGACCGUAUUGCUGCUGUCAAAAAGAACCGCCGAGAGAAACAGGAGAAAGAGAAGGAAACUGAAGUUGAAGGGUCCAGUAAUGUCACAACACAAGAUAGUGGUUUAGGAUCUUCCAGCCUGUCAGAUAGUUCCAAGUCCCAGAGUAUCUCUUCAUCAAGUUCUCAGCAGCAGCAACAGCAGCAGCUACAACAAACAAAACAACAAUCGUCCCAACAGCAACAGUCACAGGUGGCUCAGCCUGUUUCACAGCAACAGCAACAGCAAGGGGUACCAGCUGUGCCAGUAACAACAUCAGGACAGCAGCAACAGCAGCCGCCACCACCACCACAACAACAGCAACAACAGCCCCAGAUUACUCAAAAUCAACAGCAGCAACAACAGGUACAACUUCCUCACAUCUUUUUUUAACUUACCCCACAAAAU